UCUGGGCUCUCCAUCCCCACCUGCAGGUUUGGAGUAUAAGAAUAGACCAAGAAUCUCAACAUUUUAGGGGGUAGGGGAGAGUGGGUUAAGAUGAGACAUUUUUCAUAUUUCAGAUCUCUACAUCAAGGCAAUCAUAGUUUUGUCUCCAACUAGUGUAUCUGAAUAUAUUUCAAGAUGUUGUGCAUCCCUGCAAACCAACAGGAAGAGUGUAAACAUAACUGUCUUGAUAAUAUAGCAUGCCAAAGAAAAGUGGUCUCCUAUGGUCAACUUACCCUGUGUAUGGGGUAAGUUGACCAUAGGAGUGGGGUAAGUUGAGCCGUAUCCCUCCUACCCCCCACUCUCCACCCCAGCCCUCCCUCACCUUCUCUCUCCCUAAAUAACAGUCACUUCUUCACAUUUAUGUUUAUUUUUAUCUAUGACACACUAUUCAACUGGUACAAUCAUUCUUUCUAUUAUUAUUGCAUAUAACUGCUAAAAAGCAGUUUGUAAAAAGCCAUUUUCACGUGAGAAUGACUUAAAGUGAUUCAGAACAUUCACAGCUGUAUUUUUGAAAAGACAAAGUCAAAUAUUUCAACAAUCUGAACCAACUUACCCCAGAACUACUAUGAUGACUUUAUUAGUCCUCUAAGCUAAAAUGGUGGACUUGUAUGCCAGGUUUUAUGACUUCAUGUUGAAGCUCAUCGAUACCACAAUUGAUGGAUAAGACAAAUUUAAAAUGAUCUUUUUUGGUCUGAACACAAUUGUAAUCAAACUUAUGACAAACUAAAUUCACUUUCAAGAGUGAAAAAUGUUUUUUUUUAAUAAAUGUCUGACCCCUUCACCCAUGUGCUUCUAACUUUCAGACUCCAUGAAUUGAUGCCCAUCUCCUAAAUAUUUGGUCACAUGAUCAAUUUCUUUUACAGCUGGUGGACUGCUAAAAGAUUUCAAACAUACAAGAAAUUAACAUAAAAAAGAUGUGAUAUAAUUGGUCAAAUUUGUGGAAACUGCAUAUUGCAAAGUCAUAGCCUAAUGUUUUUUUUUCAUUAAUUCAUGAAAAAUCCAUCAAAAACAUCACUUUUUACCACCAAUAAGUAGAUUUUGAUAAGCAUGGAAUGAUGAAAUUCAACAUAACUUCCUUUUUUAACUUCCAAGCCCUGAACUUGGGGGAAACAGCCUUCUCCGAUGCCACCCCCACCCUCUGAAAUUCACUCCCCAAACCCAUUUUAGACUGUCCAGACGCCCAAACUUUCAAAUCACUCCUAAAAACACACCUUUUAAAAUUGGCUUUUAACCUUUGAACUGUUCUUUUAUUGUCUUUUCAGAUUGUGUCUUUUUUAACCUUUUGCAUUCUUGGUUUUAUUUCUCAAAAUUUUCUGUAUUUUAAAUUCUGUUUUUUAUUUUAUUUGUUUCUUUGUAAGGCAUCUUUGAGCACCUGUAAAAGCACGUUAUAAAUAAAAUUGAUUAUUAUUAUUAUUAUUAUUAUUAUUAUUAUUAUUAUUAUUAUUAUUAUUAUUAUUAUUAUUUUAAAAUUAAUCCUUAAAAAUUAUUCUUGAUGUUUUUUUUUUCCUUUUAGAUAGCUGCUCAAAAAUUCAAAACUCCAUUGCGGCAAUAUUUUACUGAGUCAAAAGUUUGCUCUUCUAAAUUUAGAUAAUGAAAUAAUCACUUCAAUUCAGCAUUUGUUUCUAAAUCAUUAUUACUAUUAAAUAGUUGUAUUUGUUAAAUGAAGACAAAACAGCAACAGUGUGACAUUGGCAAUAUAUAUUAGCCAUCAACCAACAUGCUCUCUCAUUAUCUGUAUUUGCAUUGGCCAUUGAAAAAGUGACAUUGAUCGACCCUUUAAAAGGUUAGAAGGACCUCCAGCCUAUUUUGGCCCAUAUAUAUAUUUACACAAGAAGAUAAAAAACUUUUUGAAGUUUUGAAAACUUAAAUGUGCAUUAAAGGCAAAAAGAUUUCAGAUAGACAUUCUCAUAGUAACUCUAAAUGCUUGGCUUACAGGAAAACCACUUUACAAGGUGUGGCAUCAUCUUUUCCUGUUUACAGCAUUCAAGAGAGCGAAACAAAGCAGUACAUCCGAGGAUCCCUGCAUUUCAUCACCUUCUUUAUUGUUUGAAGGAAUUAAAAGUAUGAACAAACACUGAAGCACACACACACACACACCUAUGAGCAAACAGGCACAGUCUCUAUUAUGUAAUCACAUUAUCUGCUCUAACAGUGAGAGAGUCAGUGGGUGGAGCCUGUCACAAGUUUCAAGGAAAGAGAAACAGGACUGUUAUUUGCAGAGUUCAGUGUUUUCUUCUGUGACUCCACUCAGCUGUCCAGAAUGACCGUAACAGUAUGGUAAGUAAAAUUAUUUAAUCUGACCCCUAAUAACUAAGUGAAGUCUGAGGCUAAAAGUGGGAUUCUUAUUUAAGCAAAGAAUUUCAUAGACAGUUAUAAGACAAUUUUUUGACACCGCUAUAGCUCUGGGUUGAGAAGGAGGAGUGUUUCAAAGUCUUGAACAGUACAGGAUUAUUGAAGUUGGAACGUUUAAAAAGGCGUUACAUGUAUUUUUUACCUAUUCAAUUUGUAGCUCCAACGUAAAUGUAUUGUUAUCUACAUUAUGUAAGAGUUUCAAGGCAGAGCUCGUUAUCAUGGUCUCAUUCCUGCUGAUCGCAUAAUUGAUUAUUUUUCUGUUACAGCUGUAACUAUGCUAUUUAUCAGGACUUCAUAUAAUCAAGGUUUUAUGAUGGUGAUCAAAGGGCAGAAUACUGUGCUACAUCUGGAGACUGCAGUUACAUUCAAAAUGUUUUAAUGCUCUACAAGAUAUUUGGAAGUGUCACCUUUUUAUUAUACUAAUAGUUCUUCUGUCACUGUAAUUCUUUUACAGAUUCGCAAAAAUGUCCCCUGAACUUCUGGGCUCCACAGCAGAUUUUCUCCACAACAUUCAAAAAUCAACCAUAUUUCUACCUCCAACCCAGGAAAGAACUCUGAUUUGACAGAAUGUUGCAGUCAAACAACCAGUACACGAAACUACGAUGGCUAUUAACCAUAGCCGGACUUCUUUUUUAUGUUGUGGACAUUUUUACAGAUGUUGCACUUGCACUAAAUUAUUUCUUGAGGGAGCAGUUUGUGUGGAGUGCUCUGACUGUGGGGUUUGUUCUAGCUGGGCUGUUUGUGACGCAGAUCUUCAGCUAUGCCUGGUACAGGGACGACAUGAGUGAUGAUGUGAUAAACCCUGAAGGAAAAACAGCAAUAUUUGGGAUGUCUAAAUGUGGACUUGCUGCAGUUCACCUGUGUGGCAUGGGCAUUUUCACCAGGUAUGGAUCGAACACUUAAAACCAAAGUUAUAUCAUUAUUCUUAUAUCUGCAUGAUAACACGUGCUGAAAUUUUCCAUGUACUGAGGAGCGUCUGCAUGUUGUGAAACAAAAUGUACAACAUGCUAAUCAUACGCUGAGGUGUCCUGGAAUGUCCAAACUGGAAUAACCACAUUUAAGCUCUUCUGUGCCCCCGGAGAUUAAGUCUUGCACAUGCAUGGUUGUCUGUGCAGUAGCAAAAUAGGAAAUUUGAAACUAUUGAAUUCACAAAUCAGCUUUCAUGUAUAUGGAGCCAAAUAACAAGGAAUGUAUUUUAAAUUAACCAGGUUGGAGCCAUACUCUUUAUAAUAAAAACUGCAAAAACAUUGGCUAAAUCAACGAAUAAGCAAGCAGUGGCAAAGGAAAACUUUCUUUGAACAGACAGAAAACUCAAGCAGAACCAGACUCAUUGGUGGGUAGCCUUCUACCACAACUGCUUGAGUGGGGAAACAGGGAAAAGAGAAAGAUAGAAAGUGAUAGACAUUCAGACAGAAAACAAGACAAAAAGAUAAAUGAAAAAAUGUUUUGUUGGCAGCCCUCCGCCAUGACUAUCGGGUUCAAAAAAAAGGGUAAUGGAAAGAGAGAUGGAUUGUGCUAAGAAGGAAGGCCAAGAGACAAAUAUGUGGUAUUGACUGUGUGUGUGUGGGGGAGGUUCUUUGUUACCAGGCAGAAACCCUGGCCAGAACCAGAUAUUUAAUAAACAGCCAUCUACCCCAAUCAUGGGCUAAGAAAAUAGAAAGAGCGAGUCAAAAAACGAUAUUUUGAAAGAAACACAGAGACACACAAGCUAUCAAUUGUUUUGCAUUAUGGUAACACAAAAAACUCCCUCCUGGUAGGCAGAAACUUUGAGUAAAACCAGAUUUAUGGAGCGAGUGGGAUGGAUAGAGAAUAUUACAAAGGCAGACAAGCAUAGAGAACAAACGGAACAAAAAAGUAUAUCACUGUUGUAACCAUCUACCUGACUUUGUUAUAAAUGUGUUUGACCUAUUUCCAGGUAUUGCCAGCUGCUGAAAAAAAGCUUCACUGUUGUUUGGAAAAAGACCAAUUUCUACACCGUGGAAGAGAAGAAAGAAGCAAACCAUAGACUGUUUUGCAUGGCGACUGAUCUGAGCAUGCUCAAACUAUUUGAGGCCUUUCUGGAAAGUGUUCCCCAACUCCUUUUGCAACUCUACAUAGUGCUGAGUCUAGGAGGGUGCUCAGUCAUGCAGUGUAAGUAGAGGAAGACACUUUGUGCAUGUUAUGAGUUUACUGUAUGAUUAUCUACAUCACAGUGUCUGUUUCUUUCAGAUUUAUCGAUUGCAUUCUCCUUCUUUAACAUCGCCUGGGCCCUAGUGGAUUAUCGCCGCUGCCUGCGCAGGUCUCUACCUCACAUCAGCGAGAUGCCCUCCGGCAUCCCCACAUGUAUCUACCUCCUCUACAAACUCUGCACCAUCACCAGCCACAUUUUCAGCUUCACACUCUUCCUCAUUCUAAGCACCUACAGCACAGUAGCUUUCACUGCCCUCUGGCUGCUGUGGACCACAUGGGCUCACCUGCUUCAGACCAACUUCUGCUCCUCAAGAGGCUUGGAGCUUUUGUACCGAGCUGUUGUUGGGGUCAUCCUCACGUUCACCUUUUUCAAUGUCAAAGGCCAGGACACCAAAGUGACCAUGACACUUUACUACCUGUUCUAUUCUCUUGUAAAUAUUUCGGCCCCUUUGCUGCUGGUUUUGUUGGGGCCAGAGUUUCACACUGUCACACCCUUGCUGACAGUUACUAGUUUGAUCUUUGGGUGUUUGUUGCUGGGGCUGGUGUGUCUCGUGCUCUACUACCUCCUCCUGCACCCAAGAGAGAAGUGGCAAGAGGCAGAUGAGGUGGACGGUCUGGGAGGGGAAACGGAGACCACAAAGAGAUUAAAACACUUUCUACAGCCCUGAUAAGGGAUUUAAACAGGAAAUAUCCUCAACAGAGAAAGACUAUGAGACGAUUCUCAGGAGGAUAGAAAAUAGUGCCUGUAAGAAAGAUAUCAGCCUGAUAUGCUCUUUUUUCAUAACUUUAUGAUGCUGCUCCUAGUUGUCUUAUCAUAUUCUAAGUUUAAUGUAAAUUUCCUUGUUGAUCGAAAACUGCAAAAAAAAGGUUACAAUUAAAAGCUUUAUUAUUCAAUACAUAAA